UUUAUUUUUUGUAUUUAUGAAUGAAAUGGAACAGACAGACAGACAAUCGAUCAAAACAGUGAUUGUAUCUUAAAGUGAAUGUAUUAUCAUACACUCACGUGUUUAUUUCUAAGUAAUGUAUUUAUGUUACGUUGAAUAUGUUUUAUCUCGGUUGUCCUUUUGUCUUUGCCACUGCUUUUCGUUUUCUUUUCGGAAAGCUCCAUCUGUAUGUGAGUAAUUCUGAUGUUUUCUCUUGAUACUAUAUGCGAACAGUGUGAAAGAUUAGAAAGAAGAAAUGUAUGGGCGUAUUCAUUGUUAUGAGGCGUUGGGGAAAUGCAGGAAGUGCACUUAAACACGCCGUUUACCUGAAAGGCUGCUGUUGCAAACGGUCGAUAAAGACUGCCUGUGCAACUAUGCUGAAGAGAGUCCCCGUGCGCAUGGACAUGGACAUCGCCACAGUAAAUGCUCUUCCUUUCGAGGAUUUUGUGAAUCUUUUGGGCAAUGUGGUGGAGAAAUGUCCCAUCAUAACAGCUGCUGUGUGGUCCGGGCGUCCCUUUUUGAACUUUACUGCGUUGGAGGCUGCAAUCAAUGAAUUCAUCGAUGCUCUCCCAGAAUCAGGUAAAGAGGGGAUCCUCAGGUGCCACCCUGACCUCGCAGGCAGGGACCUGCAGAGCGGCACAUUGACUCGGGAAUCGCGCGAGGAGCAGGCAGGAGCCGGGAUGGAUGCGUUGAACUCUGCAGAUGCCUCGCGCAUGGCCCGGCUCAACGAGGAGUACAAGGAGCGUUUCGAGUUCCCGUUUAUCAUCUGCGCCCGGGUGAACGACAAGGCGAACAUUUUACGGCAACUGUCCGAGCGCUGUCAGAACGAGCGCGCGCUGGAGAGGGCGCGCGGAAUCGAGGAGGUGAAGAAGAUAUGUCGCCUGCGUCUUCAAGCUCUCGUGCUCACUGACGCUCCAAACAAGUUAUGAACCGUAACUACUGGAGUUUAUAUUGGAUUCAUCUUGUGCCAGUUUAACCACCCAGAUGUAAAGACUGCCAUUGUUCCCAGGCUAUAGGCGGUGUGAUAUUUGCUUUAUUCAAGUCAUACUGUACAGUGAACUCUUCAAACAAUAAAAUGUGUACCAUUGAUUCUAAUUUAACAAUUUACACGAUAUAUCCUAUGUACAAGUUGACAUUCAUAAAAUAGCAAACGUAGUCCUAUUACACAUAAAUACAUCCAUAAACUUGAUUGUAUACUACUCACAUGUCUGAGGUGAAAAACAAUGCACUCACUGCAAAACAUGAUCAGACCAUGCUUCAGUUUGUGCAACUGAUAAGGUUCUGUCAGCAUGCCAUCUGGUGCCCAAAAAAAACAUCAAAGCAUGCACGAUGAAGUGGAAUGAAGAAAUGCUCAUUCAGUCCAGACAGACAGUGGUAUCCAGUAAGAGGGCAAAGGUGGUCCUUGAGAAGGUUGAA